AUGCAGCCACACUCGCCCACGUUAUCCGACGAGCGCUCAGAGAACAGCGUCGGGUUUAACAAUGCCUCUCGCUACGGCCGAAGGGGUGUGGACUACAGCAAGUUCCGGACGCGGGUGUGCCGCAAUUUUUCGAUGGGGAUCCCUUGUCCAUUUGGCGAGCGUUGUGCGUUUUCUCACGGUGAUCCCGAGGCAUCCACAGUGCGCAUGGAGGAAGCUGAAUUGCCUCCACCGCCACCAUACUCGGAAGCUCACCAGACGGAGAUCAUGCUGCCGCCUGCCUACCCGUCGCGAUUCCGACAUAAUCCCUACGACUUCAAUGGAGUGUUGUUCGAAAACUAA